AUGUCCAUUGACUCUUCUUGUCCCUUCUAUUCUUCUGGGAUUGAGAAUGUGCAACAUAUUUUUAUGGACUGUCACUUUGCGAAACAAGUCCUUUUUGCUUCUUCUAUUGGUUACCGUACUCCCAAUUAUCUUGAGGCGAACCAGUGGAUCCAAUCUGUUUUGGAGUGUGGUGAUGUUCAUAGUGUUCAGGUUUUUUGUGCUUGCCUCUAUAAAAUCUGGGCUGCUAGGAAUUUAGUGGUGUUCCAAGGAAAAUCUGUUUGCCCUAUAGCAGUUGCAGGUGGUGCUUUUGACUGCGUGCAGGAUUAUAUUAGAUGGCCUCCUGAUUCUGAUGGGCAGAAAAGUCCUUCUGCCGGGAGGAUCAAUGUCACAUAUCCUCAUGAUGUCCAUUUCGCACAGGUGGACGCUGGCUUCACGGAAGAAGGAGACACGGUUUUUGGGUGUACUUUCAAGGACCCUUUCAGUAAGGUGUUGAUGGCUGCCAGUAAGAAGGACCAGAUUGUGGUCGAUGCUAGUCUUGCUGAACUCAUGGCUAUUCGGUGGUGUAUUCUAUUAGCAGCUGACCUUAGAAUGGACAAGAUUGUGUUCCAAUCAGAUGCGUUGGUGGUUGUUGAUUGCAUCAAUUCUAUCUCUUGUAACGGUUCCCUUGAGAGCGGAGUGUAG